UGCCAUGCAUAGAAUCCUACUCAAAGGUCGACUUGAGGACUAGUGUAUUUGAUGUUCCCCCCCAAGAGGUCCUGACAAAGGACAGCGUGACGGUGAGUGUAGAUGCCGUCGUCUACUACAGGGUGAGCAACGCCACCGUCAGCGUUGCGAAUGUGGAGAACGCCCACCAUUCGACGCGCCUCCUGGCUCAGACCACUCUCAGGAACAUGCUAGGUACGAAGAACUUGCAUGAGAUCCUAGGAGACCGAGAGUCCAUCUCAUGCGACAUGCAGGGAGUCUUAGACGAUGCCACAGAGAAUUGGGGCAUUAAGGUGGAGAGGGUUGAAAUAAAAGACGUCCGGCUGCCAGUCCAGCUGCAGCGAGCCAUGGCAGCUGAGGCUGAGGCUGCUAGGGAAGCCAGAGCCAAGGUAAUCGCUGCUGAAGGUGAACAAAAAGCCUCUCGGGCCUUAAAGGAAGCUGCUGAGGUUAUUUUUCCCUCUCUCCGGCAGCCCUCCAGCUUCGAUACUUACAGACUUUAAACACAAUCUCAGCGGAGAAAAACUCCACAAUCAUCUUCCCUCUGCCUAUCGACUUUCUACGGCAUUUCUUUGUAAAUAAAGAGUGCCACCAAAAACUCGGACCUGGAUCAAGUGUUCUCUGUUU